AUGGAGCUCACAUGGCUUCUACUCCUAGCUACUCUCAUCCUCUCCACCGCUCUCAUCUUCUUCUUCCAUGGCAAGAUCGGCGGUAGCGCCGCCGGCGGCAAGAAGAGCCACUGCCUGCCACCGGGGCCGGCCGCCGUGCCGGUGAUCGGCAACUGGCUGUGGGUGACGAACUCCGGGAUGGACAUCAUGCGCGCCGUGCGCCGCCUCCACGCGCGCCAUGGGCCUCUGCUCGGGCUCCGGAUGGGCUCCCGGCUUGAGGUCAUCGUGGCCGACCGGCGGCUCGCCCACGCGGCGCUCGUCGAGAGCGGCGCCGCCAUGGCCGACCGCCCGGAGUUCGCAACGCGUGGCCUCCUCGGACUUGAGACCGCCACCAUCUCGAACACCAGCUAUGGCCCGCUGUGGCGUCUCUUCCGGCGCAACUUCGUCGCCGAGGUCGCGCACCCUGCUCGCCUCCGGCAGUUCGCGCCGGCGAGGGCGGCGGUGCUCGCCGAGCUCACGGAAAAGCUGCGUCGCCGGCAUGAGGACGGCGGCGGCGGCGGCGGCACCAUCAUGGAGACGUUCCAGCACUCCAUGUUCUUCCUCCUCGUGGCCAUGUGCUUCGGCGAGCUGCUCGACGAGCGCGCCGUGCGCGACAUCGCCGCCACGCAGCGUGAGCUGCUGAUCUACUCCUCGAAGAAGCUCAGGGUCUUCGCCUUCCUCCCGGCCGUCACGACGCGCCUCUUCGCCGGCCGCAUGAAGGCCAUGCUCGCCAUGCGCCUCCGGCUGAAGGCCAUGUUCAUGCCGCUGAUCGACGCGCGCAGGCAGCGCAAGAACAACACACCACCACGGCAGGAGAAGGCCACGACGCUGCCGCACUCGUACGUCGACACGCUGCUCGGCCUCAGCAUCAACGACGGCGGCAAGGGCGGCGAGCGCGCGCUCACCGACGACGAGAUGGUCGCGCUGUGCUCCGAGUUCCUCAACGGCGGGACGGACACCACCUCGACGGCGCUCCAGUGGAUCAUGGCAGAGCUCGUCAAGAACCCGGGCAUCCAGGACAAGCUCCACGACGAGAUCAAGGCGGUCACCGCCGCCGACUCCGGCGACGGAGGAAGCCGCCGCCGUCAGGUCUCCGAGGACGACGUGCACAGGAUGCCGUACCUGAAGGCCGUGGUCCUCGAGGGUCUCCGGCGCCACCCGCCUGGGCACUUCGUGCUGCCGCACGCGCCGGCGGAGGACAUGGAGCUCGGCGGGUACACGAUCCCCAAGGGCACGCUGGUGAACUUCACGGUGGCCGACAUUAGCAUGGACGAGAAGACGUGGGAGCGGCCGAGGGAGUUCGUGCCGGAGCGGUUCAUGCCGGGCGGCGACGGCGAGGGGGUGGACAUCACCGGCACGAGGGAGAUCAAGAUGAUGCCGUUCGGCGCCGGGAGGAGGAUCUGCCCGGGGCUCGGCGUCGCCACGCUGCACCUCGAGUACUUCGUCGCCAACAUGGUGGCGGCGUUCGAGUGGCUGCCGGAGGGGGAGGGGGAGGCGGUGGACGUCGACGGCGAGAAGCUUGAGUUCACCGUCGUCAUGGAGAAGCCGCUCCGGGCGCGUAUCGUGCCAAGAGCGCCAGCGUUGUCACUGUCUGAGUGAGAGCCUUGACAUUUGACUUAGCUAAUUUUAGUUUCAUUUCUUGUAAUAAUGGUAUUAUUUGUAGUAGUUUGCUUCCAUGAAUAAAAUA